AUGGCGCCACUACUGCUUGCUACUCUUGCCCUUGCAAUGGCUGCCAUCUGCACGGCAGCAGCACUUCCUCCUUCUGCUGAAGGAUCCAGGAUUGUUGGUGGAGUUGAGGCAAAACUUGGUGAAUUGCCUUCAACUGUCGCUCUUGUAGAAGGGGGCCAAAGGUCAGGCGGAGGUAUAUUGAUUGGUCCAAAGUUGGUUCUCACUGCCGCUCAUUGUGCGUAUAAUACCAGCAUGGAUUUUAAAAUCCGCGCAGGGGCUCUUUUAACGUGUCGCGAGGAGGUUUCAGAAAGCCCAACAAUUAGCUAUGCAAAGUUGCCCAAGCGAGAAUCAGACCCUACUGCAAAGUCCAAGGUAACAACAGCAGGCUGGGGCCGAAUAGCCAUCGAUGAAGAAGCGUCCGUAACACUAAGGCGCGUGACGGUUUCUGUUGUUGAUCGGUCCACUUGCCGGGCUGCAUACCAAAAAUUGAACCUGCCAGUCACAGAAAACAUGGUUUGUGCUGCAGAGCCUGGCAAAGACUCGUGCUCUGGGGAUAGCGGUGGGCCUCUUUAUGAUGACGCAACCAAGGAUCUGGUUGGUGUUGUAUCCUGGGGCUUUCAAUGUGCUGAACCCGGAUUUCCAGGAGUAUACGUCAGAGUGGGCAAGUAUAUUGAGUGGAUUGCCAAGAACAACAAAGCUCCUCAAUAG